AUGGAUCUCUAUGAUCAACUUCCAUCCAGUUCGCUGAUUUUAUUGUCCGAGUACAGUUCUCUGCUAGAUUGUGUCAAAGAGAAUAACGUAUCCGUUGUUGAUUUUCUCACCUUAAAACCUUCAGAAUUAACCAAACUUGUUCCACGAUCUGUCAACGAAAUAGUGAAAUUUCAACGAAUAUUGAAAGAAGAGUUCAAAAAACACGUACUUGGGCAAGAUACUCCAACAACAUGGUAUGAUAUAGCAAGUGAACAACAGCCACUGGCCUUUACUACUGCGGAUCGGCAAAUAGACAAGAUCUUAGGUGGAGGUAUACGUACGCAUGGAAUUACCGAGAUAUUUGGCAACAGCUCUACUGGGAAGUCACAACUCCUUAUGCAGCUCUCCUUGAGUGUUCAACUUCCUGAAGAACAAGGAGGUUUAAAUGGUAAAUGUGUAUUUGUAACUACUGAAGGCGAUCUCACCACGCAAAGGAUUGACGAACUUCUGCGGACGAAGGAGGAAUUUGCAAAAUUUGAUAAUGUUUCUCAAAAAAACAUAUUCACCGUGAGCUGCUGUGAUUUAGCUAACCAGGAACAUAUUUUGAAUGUUCAAUUACCUAUUCUGCUGGAAAGAAACAGGGACGUUAAAUUGGUAAUCAUAGAUUCAAUAUCUCAUCAUGUUAGAGUAGAACUGCAAAGAAAAACAUUCAGAGACUCCCAAGAUAAUCGAAACUACAUUGAUAAAAUGGCCCAAAACCUCCUAAAAUUAGCGACUGGGCAUUCAAUUGCCAUCGUUGUCGCUAACCAAGUAGGUGACAAACCACUUCCAGAAAGGUCGGUGCUCAGUGAACAAUAUUCUUUAGGAAUCAUGGAUCAUGAUUAUCAAGUUGGAUGGACAAUCGGAUGGAGAGAUUCAAGCAUAUUUUAUCGCCAAAGACUGGUGGGUACAUCCAUGAAAAGCUUUCGCACUCAACGUAACUCUAAAAUAGAGGAUAUACUAUCAGAUGACGAGGAUUCCAACCUCGUUGCACAAGCUACCUUUUUACUUACCGCUAGAAGCCAAAGUUCUGAUGAUAGCAAGCCGAAGAAUACCGAAAACACUUCAAAAUCUUCACGGUUAAAUACUUCUGGAAACUUGGUCGGCAAGGAUCCCUUUAAACUUCCCACAUUUCCGAUUUUCAGAAACAAAAGGAAAGUUGAUUCCAAAGUACCUAAUUUAGGUUUAACAUGGGCUAAUCACCUUACUACGAGAAUUCUUUUGAGCAAGACUUACAAAGCAUCCCCCAUGAUACGUACAGGAAAUCCGGACCUGAAUAAAAUAAAUGAUACCGCAAAUUUUUGGCAAGCGAAAAGAACCUUGAAAGUAGUUUUUUCAUCGUAUUCAAAGCCCGAUGAAAUUGAUUAUAUGAUUAAGAGGAAGGGCAUUCAAAGUGUAGCUCAGUAA